CUACAUACCAACCUUUUUAAUAUUAUUGGAUAUGAGGAUAAUGAGGAUUCAGAACAACGAACUCGGCCUAAUUCUUAUAUGGAACAACAACAUUUUCAUACAUAUCUAAGGAAAAAACAGUUCUUGAAUCCAAUAAAAAUAAAUAGUGCAUUUACUAAUUUAGACGGUAAAAUUAAUUUGAGUGAAGAAAUGAAUAUUGAUACUUGGCAAGCAAUUCCAGUAACAGAGCAGGAGGCCAAAAUAAUGAAAAAUGAAAGCACAAUGAGAAAAGAAGAGCUUAUUUCAGUUAUCAAUUCAAUACUUAUAUCACUUCCUGAAACACAACACUUGAA